AUGUUCGAAAUGGAGGUGAUGAACUACAUUAAAUCCACUUUCUCCACGCGUGAGGUGGUUGAGGUGGUGAAGAAGAUUCAGCAUAAAGCAACUCUUGUUACAAGAACGCCAUAUGAAUCCCCGUUUGCCGAAAUGAAAAAGUUGGCACCAGAUCUGUGGGAGAUCGUCCUAGCAGGCAACGAUUAUAUCCUUGGUGAUUUGUUGAAUAGCAUUCACAACAGUGACAGAUCAUUGAACGGUGGCAUUGACGCUCUAGGAGUUGUGGCUCCAAGAGAGUGGGUUCGUUGCUCCGCCUUGUGUAGCAUGUCGCUAUUCCAGCUUACGCCGCCGGCUCUGAUUGAGGAGGUAUCACCAGAUCUGGAGAUGGAAUUGAGACCUGGCAGCUCUCAUGAGAUUACAGAUACUGUGCUACUUCCAAGAAACAAGAUAUCCUACAUCAUUGGAUCUUGUGGAAAGCGAAUCGAGAGAAUUAGAGAGCAGUCAUGCUGCCAGAUCACCAUCCCACCCAUUGCCCCAGCUAAACUCAUGCAGUUGAAGGGAAUGUCAGGAAGCGAGUACCAACAGGAGUUAGUUUUAAAAGGAACAGACUCGCAAGUGGCCGAGGCAAAGUCUUUGAUAAGACGGCUCCUCAUAAGCUAUUAA